AUGAAUUAUCCAGUGUAUAAAAAUCCUCCCUACAAGGAAGUAUUUCGUUUUGGUGAUCAACGACCGAAAGGAGAAACUCUAGACGAACAUCAUAGUCCCAUGAACAUUCCUUUUGACACCGCCCCUUUCAAACUUGUUAAAGCCCAAGUUAAACUACCGCUUUCGCAGCCUCAUGCGGCAGGAAAUCAUGACCCAAUGUCGCCUUCGCAGCAUUCUAUGCCAGGGAGUCCCGAACCAAUGUCGCCUUCGCAGCAUUCUAUGCAAGGAAAUCCUAACCUGAUGUCGCAUUCGCAGCCUCAUAUGCCAAAGAAUCCCAACCAAAUGUCGCAUUCGCAACCUCAUAUGUCAGGGAAUCCCAACCAAAUGUCACAUUCGCAACCUUAUAUGUCAGGGAAUCCCAACCAAAUGUCGCAUUCGCAACCUCAUAUGUCAGGGAAUCCCAACCAAAUGUCGCAUUCGCAACCUCAUAUGACAGGGAAUCCCAACCUAAUGUCGCAUUCGCAGCCUCGUAUGCCAAUGAAUCCCAACCAAAUGUCGCAUUUGCAACCUCAUAUGACAGGGAAUCCCUACCCAAUGUCACCUUCGGAGAAUUCUAUGCCAGGCAGUCCCGACCCAAUGUCGCCUUCGGAGUCUAUGCCUGGAAGUCCCGAACAACAUCCGCCGUUCGGGGGAAACUACCCCGGGCCGGGUGGAUUUGCACCACCUCCACUCGGGCACAACUUCCCUCCUAACGCAAAUCAUAAUUUUCACUCGGGUCAAAAGUAG